AACAAGCAGCUGGAGUUUACCACCGGGAAUCACGCAAAGGGAGAUACCAGCUGACGUAUAAAGAAGCCAAGGCCGUCUGCAAAUACGAGGGGGGGAAGCUGGCCACUCACGAACAACUGGAGGCUGCUCGUCAAAUAGGUUUCCAUGUGUGUGCAGCCGGAUGGUUCGACAGAGGGCAUGUUGGGUACCCCAUCGUUAAACCGGGUGCUAACUGUGGCUUUGGGAAGAUCGGCGUCGUGGACUACGGAGUGAGAAGAAACAAGAGUGAGAGAUGGGAUGUGUACUGCUACAACCCAAACUCUAAGGAGUGUGGGGGGACGCUGACGGACCCUCAGAGGAUCAUCCAGUCUCCAGGCUUCCCAGAGGAGUACCAGGACGAGCAGAUCUGCUACUGGCACAUCCGGGUGCGCCUGGGCCAGAGGAUCCAGCUGCUCUUCCAGGAGUUCGACCUGGAGGAGGACUCGGGCUGCCUGGCCGACUACCUGGAGGUCUACGACAGCUACGACGACGUCUCAGGGUUCGCUGGCAGGUCAGUGGCUUUGAGGGGGAAAAUGAAAAAAAAUAGAAAGAAAAAGGAAACAGGGUCUUCAUGUGGCCAUAUCCGGGGGAAUGCAAGGUGA